AUAGAUUCUGGUAACAGCUAGUGUUCAAUUAUUGUUGAAGAAUUGUUCAGUGGAUCAACUAAAAUGAGUUCCAACAAUCCAGGAAGAUCUAAUUUUCAUGAAAGCUUGUCUAUACUGUCGAAAGCCAUCGAUAUAAGCCGAUUGAUUGGAAUUCAGGCUGAACUUCAAGUCUUGGCAUUUAAUCUGGUUGAAUAUUCAAAUAACCGUUAUGGGACCAACAGUGCUUUUCACUCGACUUAUGUCAACGUAUAUAAAGCAGUAAAUACCUUGCAGAACAUUCUUGAUCAACUUCUGCUCAUCACAGUAUCAGAGUUUACUGAUCAAUUCAUUGAAGAUAUGAGAAGAGUUGGUUUGAUGGAUUGAAGAGCAGCAAGGGACAGUGAGUGACUGUGACCCGACCCGACAAAAAACAUAUAAAAAUACAACGGCAGA